GCGCAUAAAUGGCCGCCAUGUUGCUGCCGUCUGAAAGAUGUUCACAUCUGUGUGUGUUUACUAAUGAAUUUUAAGAACUUUAAUAGUUAAAUUACCGUGUUCGUGAAAUUGUGAGUGUACAAUGGUUUUAUUUUACAUAUGUUAUUGUGUUUAAAAGUCUAUCAAAUGUCUCUGAGACCAACAAACAGUGAAAUUUUCUUUAGGUAGUCAUUCAAGUCGGACGGCAUAAUGGCUGACAAUCUGAUUCAAAAGUCACAUAAAAAUAGUGAAAAAAACAAGUAUAACAACGUUGUUCAUCGCACUACAAGUGAAUCUCUUCGACUGAACGAGUCAGAGAAGGGAGUGACUCAUCCAACAAGUCUUCAAUCCACUCAUAACCCAAGGAAAAUAUCUUCCUUUCAGAUCACCAGUGUGACUGUGGGCUCUCGGGUGAGCACUGAUGCUGGAGAAGACUCUGCCGACGAUCUAGACGAAUCUCACACCGAUGACAUUUCAAGGGUCACCGACAUAGAGAAUGAAACACCGAGUUACUCGGAGGACACCUUUUCUAAAGACGAUGUAUUUUACAACGCAUCGAGUGCAUCGCUAGGUUGUGCGCCCGUGAUUCCAACGAGUUCACAAUACGGUCUCGCGAUAGUGGGCCAGGACCCCAACACCGCCCAGACUGGAGGAGUAGUGCCAAAUAGUAAUAACACGGAAGUUAAUGACAUGCAUGUCAGUGUAACUAACGCCGGAACCGGCAGCAUUAUCAAUCUUAUAGGUAAUGCUGCUAAACCCCAAGAAGGUAUGAAAGAGAUACAGGAACAUGUUAGAAAUGAAAGAUUCAAAGUUGUGAAAAUAGAAAGUACGGAACCGUUUCGCCGUGGCAGGUGGAUGUGUAUGGAUUACCUAGAUCAUACAACAACUCAACAAAAUACUCCAAUCACAUUAAAUAAUAAUAUUGAUAUAUCUGAAACGGCAAAUUUGCAAGCUCCAGAUAGUGGUGUUGUGAUAAAUGAUAGUCAACAUGAUGAUAUGUGUAAUGACUUAUCUUGUAAAGGGCCUAAAGAUCAAGUAAGUGUACCAGUGCAGCAAAUAGAUCAUAGUGUUCAGAAACAAUUUCCUAUGGCUUCCCCCGGUCAAUCAUUGACUCAGCCAAUAAAUAUAGUUCAACAACAAAUGCCAGUGAAUCAAUCAGUGUCUGUUCAAUCACCACCUAUGGAGAUGCCACAACAGAUGACUAAUCAGAAUAUACAAACUAAUCAGCAAGUGGCGCAGCAGCAUCCGCAGAGUAUGACCCAUAUCACCAUGCAGAAUACUGCGCAGGGUCAUCCUCAGCCACCACAACAACAACAGGUCCAGCAAAUUCCUCAGAGCUUCCCCCAGCACCAACUUCAGCAAGUUAUUGCUCAAUCGCAAAAUAUGGCUUUGCAACAAAUCCCCAUGCACCAACAGAUGCCACAACAAAUGCAACAAAUUCCUAAUCAACAAAUGCAGCAAAUCAGUCAACACAUCCCACAAGCUCAGAUUUCUAACAUGCAACUUCAACAGCAAAUACCACAGAUGCAGGGCAUUCCUAAUCAAGGCCAAAUGCCCCAAGUUGCUACACAACAGCAACAAAUGCAACAGAUUCAAAUGCAGCCUAUGCAGGGGCAACCUAACCCACAAAUGCACCAAAUGCAACAAGCUCAGAUUUCUAACAUGGGUCAGACCCACCAUAUGCAAGGACAACAGCCUAUGGGACCUCAACAAGCUCAGUUGCAGCAUUUGUCUAAUCAAGCCCAAAUUCAAGCUUUACAGAAUCAACAAAUACCAAACCAUAUUCAGCAAAUGCAAAUACCAGCACAGCUUGCUGCACCAAACCAACAGAUUUCUCAAAUGCAACAACAAAUGCAUCAAAUAUCAUCACAGCCACAGCAAUCGGUUGUCACAGGAAUGCACCCGCAAAUGCAACAACAAGGAAUGGCAGUGCCACAACCACAAUACAAUCAAGUAAAUCAACAGCCAAAUGCUCAGUCUAUGAUGAGUGCCAAUAUGCCAUCAUCACAACAAACUAUGGUUCAACCACAACAUACUGUACCACAAUAUCAUACACAACAAUCACAAAUGAGUCAACAAGGGCAAACAUUGCCACAAGAGGUGCUGAAUAACAUUGUUACAUCACAGCAAGGUGCCACUUUACCCUCUAAUCUCCAACCAAUGGUCACCCAACCACAAGGAUCUACACUACCUGCGAAUCUCCAAAGCUUAGCUAGUCAGCAGCAAGCUCCAGUUCACACUAUGGCCCAACAACAAAAUGUGCCUCAAGGAAAUAUUCAAAUGAUGACUGGAGCCCCACAAAAUAUACAAAUGACCCUAGAAAAUCAACCUAACAUGCAGAUACCUGCUUCAGAUCCAAUGUUUAUGCAACAAGGUGUUGCUCAACAAUUGCCCUCCCAUAUGACCCAACAACAAAAUAUAAUGCAGCAGCAAGUCCCAGGGCAGCAGAUGGGAGGAGUACAAUAUGUUCCUAAUCAGCCAGUGUCUCAAGUAUCUAUGGGCCACCAAAACAUUCCUAUGUCUAUGCAGCAAAGCAUGCCAGUUGGAAUGGGUGGACAAGUCCACUCAAAUGUAGUGCAGGCGCAGAAUAGCAUGGGGCUAUCAUAUGGGGGUGUUGUGCCUGUGAUGUCUCAGAGCAGUGUCGCGCCGGUCGAGACAGUGUCAGGAACUAAUUCGCCAGUUGUAUCAAUGCCCGCGAGUUCUACAGCAUAUGUAGCUAGUGCUGCCCAACCGGGGCUUGAUAGUCAGGGUUUCGGUAGCCCUGUGAGUGUAGUGUCGCAUGCUGUGAGUGGUGCAGUGAUGAGCAAUGUGAAUGUGUGUGAAAGUGGUGCUCCGGAUGUUACCUCGGAUGGUAUGCAGGCAGCUGAUGCAGGCGAUGGUAAAGAGGAUGCCCACACAGCUCCUGCUCCUGAAGAUGAAAGCAUCAGCGGGCUGGCGUUGGCGCUCGGUGGCAGCGGUACCGGCAGUCCCUCAACGGCGGUGGAGACCCGAGAUUCGACGGCGACUUCACGUGCACCCUCGCCUCCGCCUUCGGAUAGGCAGCAACACACCAGCGCAUCUGGCACUAGCGCCGUGGCAAUCGACAAUAAGAUCGAGCAAGCUAUGGAUCUGGUUAAGAGCCACUUGAUGUUCGCGGUGCGCGAAGAAGUGGAAGUACUAAAGGAGCGCAUCGCUGAACUAAUGGAGAGGAUCAAUCAGUUGGAGGUGGAGAAUAGCUAUCUGCGCGCACACGCCAGCCAAGACACGUUGGCGCAAUUACCGGUGGUGGGCAGCAAGCCUCCGCCACAGGCGCAGGGUCCUCAGCCGCCCGUGUCAUAAGCUUAGCGGUCUCUCGAACGCCGCCGGUGAUGCCGGCUCGGCUCUUUCGGCCUCCCCCUCGGCGCGCGACACGCGGGAACGAGUCACAAUGGCUGUGCUAUGUUAAUUCGUAGGUUAACAGAUGGACGCAGCGCCGAGGGAAGGAGUGGGCACACAACGUGCAUAGCAUAUCGGAGUACAUGUGAACGUGGCUAGUGUAGAGCCCGCAGCGGCCUGUUUAGCCUUCGAUUAUUAUGCUUCAAUACAUAGAUAUAUUUUUCUGUUAUUUAAUCUUUAGGGUGCAGAAUUUCGUGCUAACUGCCAUGCUUUUGCUGCGCGUCUCGACUGAGACUUUUUAGUGUUUCGACGUUACGUCUGUAUGAUUUUGAUUUUAGGCAUCGCUAUCCAUAUAAUGUAUUCCAUAUAAGUAAAUUAAGUCGUGUGUUUAUGAUAAAAUAGUCGGAUAUAUCUACGCAUUGAACAAUUGACUGUUAAUUUAUUUUGUACUUUUUGUAUGUAUUUAAGUUAUUUAUCUUGUUACAUUUAAAUCGCAAGAUCAUCGAUAGAUGUACUGAUUGUGUUGUGUGCUUUAUCAUUUAGUUGUAUUUUGAUUCAUACACUUUAAAUAGUGUUCGGACAUCAACGAGUGAUGUUUAGCGUUAUACUAAAGAGUCUGUAGAUGUAGUCGAUGUGAGAGUAUGGCCUCGUGCAAGCGCUGGCUUUAGAAAAUUUUGCACGCUGAAACUGAAAAAAAAAAUCUAUUUUUAUUCCAAACCUAUAUCGAUAAUAGAGUUUACACAUAGCAAUUUAACAUUGUAUUUUUUUAAAUAUUAUAAAUUGUUUGUAUAUAGUACAAGUUGUAAGUCGGGUGAUGUAUAUAGGGUAGUACGUCCGAUGCCAUCAGAGAAUGGCUUAAAUGAAGUAAUGAAAUAUGUACGCUGUAAAUCGCUUUAUUGUUUAUCGUAAACAAAAGAACAAAGUGGCUGGAGACUGAUUGUAUGGAAAGAUUGUAAAUGUAAUUAAUGGGUCAGUGAAUGUGAGCCUUGGUUUCGUAGUCCCAGCAAAGGAACGUACUAGAGUAGAGUUUUAUACAAGACUACUACAUAUAUGUGUAUAGAUGAUCUAUUUAGUCCUCUUAAUUAUUGUGAAUAUGCCGUAAUUUUACUUCAUUGCUAGAUAUGAUAAUAUAAUUCUGAAAAUUGUAAAUAUAUUGUAAACAGAAUGUCCAUUGUAGCUUAUGUUGACCAGAAAGGUUCCUCAUACCCAAUAAAUGCAGAACUACUCAAAAUCGU